CCUAUCAGACGUCAUCACGCGCGGGGUGUCACGUUUACGUGGAAAACAACAUGGCCGCCGACUGCCAACAAGGAGGCAAUCCCUGAGAGAAUGCGAACGGCGGCCGACUGGAAGCCGGCGCGGCCCCCACACACUUCACCACCGGUGCUGAUGCACCGUCUGUGAUCCCUUCUCCGUUUGUUUUAGCCACGGUGAACAUGGAAGACGAGGAGCGGCAAAAGAAACUCGAGACCGGCAAAGCGAAGCUGGCCGAGUACCGUCAACGGAAAGCUCACGCAGAUUCCCAGAGGAAGAAGAAGAAGAAAAAGAAGUCCGAGGAGGACUCGCAGGGAAGCGUGGAGCCGGAUCGCUCAACGGGCAGGGAGGACGAGUUGGUCGGUGACCAACAUGGAGUGCCGGAAGCAAAUACAGAGGCACAGCCCAUUGCUGAGCUGAGCUUCUCCAAGACACUACGCAGCGGGGAGACUGUCAAGCAUGACCAGACGUACACUAUCGAGCCCGAGAGCGAAGUGUCAACGACGGCAGAAGAUUAUUCCUCUGAGCAGGUCAACGGCUGCCGUGAGAUGACGGCCAAUCUAAUGACGUCCUCCUCCGAGGAUUUUAUUUGGGAAGAGGCAGAGCGAAAGGUGAUGAAGGGAAGCGCGAUACAGGACGUCAAGGAGGCGCUUGCAGCCAAGACGCGGGCAGUGGAGGAGCUGAGUCAGGAGCUUGAGGAAAUACGAGCUGAGUUUGGAACAGAGGGUGUACAGAAGCUGCAGGAGUUUGAGGCCGCCCUGAAGCAGAGGGACGCCAUCAUCACCCAGCUCACCGCGAACCUCCAGCAAGCUCGCGAGGAGAAAGAUGAGAUCAUGAAAGAAUUCCUGGCGCUGACGGAGCAGAGCCAAAAACUGCAGCUUCAGUUCCAGCAGCUGCAGGCCGGCGAGACCCUGCGGAACACCAGCCACAGCAGCACGGCUGCGGACCUUCUUCAGGCUCGGCAGCAGCUGGCGCAUUACCAGCUGCAGCUGGAGGAGGCCAAUAUGGAAGCCGUCAAAAACCAGGAGAAGAGCGACGGGCAGCUGGAGCUCAUCGGUCAGCUCCGACGGAAAAUCGGCGACAUGGAGUCGUCAGGGAGAAGAUCGGAGGAAUCAUUCACACAAAGGCUUAAUGAGAAGGAUUUGCUCCUCGCCGAGAAAGAAAAGGUCAUCAUGAAUCAAGAUCAGUCUCUUGCCGAACUGAGAGCAGCGGAAGAGACUCUCGCCACCACGCUGAAGGAGAAGAACCUGCUGCUGUCUGAGCAGACGGCGUCUCUGAACCUCUUCCGAGAGGAAAUUGCCAUUUUGGGACAAUCGGCGAACGACAUUCAGGUGUCGGAUGAGAAGGACCUGAUUAUAGCGGAGCAAGAGAGGGUCAUUUCCGAGCGGGAUUGUUCUUUCAGCCGGCUCGAGGAUGAGCUUGAGUCAUCGCGGCAAAGCGUGCGGGCUCUCCAGCAGCGAGUGGCCGUGAAGGAGUCGGAGCUCGAGAAAUGCCUGGGCGACCUGCAGAACGCCAAGCGUGAUUUAGAAUGCAGUAAAGGCGAAAUGGAGAGUUGUAAAUCGCACCUUGAAAAAGCGCGAGGCGACCUACACAGCUGUCAAAGUGAGCUCGCCGGCUCCCGGCGGAGGGAGCGAACGUCUUCUGAUGAGAUUAAGCAGCUCAUGGGAACGGUCGAGGAUCUGCAAAGGCGUUGUCACCGGGACAGCCUGUCCGAGGGUGACGCCGUCCAAAGAAUGCAAGAGGACACCGUCCGAAAGCUGGAUCUCCUCAGGGCCGAGCUGGACGAGAUGUAUGGACAGCAGAUUGUCCACAUGAAGCAGGAGCUCAACCUGCAGAACACGGUGCGCAUGGAGCAAGUCGCAGCGCAGCAUCGCGCCGAGAUGGAGCGACAUCAGGCUGAGGUGGAGCGGCACCGCGCCGAAGCGGAGCUUCUGACGGCUCAAAACUCCACCGUCAAGGAAACUCUCACUGGGAAGAUUCAGGAGCUUCAAGCAACCUUAGCGGAAUCCACAAAUGAAUUCAACCGGGAAAGGUUUAACCUCCAGGCCGAGCUCCAGAGCCUCCGUGGCGAGCUCCGUUCGGCGAGGGAAAAAACCGAGCUGGUGUCCAAUACUCUCGUCUUGCAGGAGAGCCAGCAAGAUGAGAUGCGGCUCCUUUCGGACACGACCGACGACCUGCGCCGCCAGCUGGCCGCCGCUAGGGAGGCGGCGCUGCAGGCCGAGGCCCAGCACGAGUCGGAGACGACCAACUACAAGAUCAAGCUGGAGAUGUUGGAACGGGAGAAGGACGCCGUCCUGGACCGCAUGGCCGAGUCGCAGGAGGCCGAGCUGGAGAGACUGCGAACACAGCUUCUGUUCAGCCACGAAGAGGAGCUGACGCAUCUCCGCGAGGAGCUCCGUCGAGAGAGCUUCCUCAACGCCGAGAACCUCCUGAACGAAGCUGCCAGCAAACACCAAAGAUCCCUGGAUGACCUGCGCCUCACCUACGAAGACCAGCUACAUUUGUUGCAAAAGGAAAAGGCUGCAUUUUCCAACGAGCGAGAGGAGCUCUCGCACCAGAUCGUCGGCCUCAAGGAAGAUCUCAAGCUGGCCUUGCACAGCUCCAAAGAGGACGAGCUUGUGCGGCAGCUGCGGGAGCUUCAGGUCGAGCUUGAAGAUCUGCGGAAGGGAGGAGAGCAGCGAGCCAGGCUGGAGAGCGAAAUCCAAACUUUGCAGAAGAAGAUGGAGGUUCUUCAAGAGAAGGAUCGAAGCUGGGAGAGCAAAUGGAAAGCGCGGCAGCGGGAAAAUGACGCGAAAGCGGUGGAAAUGGAGACACUCUCCGCUCAGCUGAAGGAGGAGAUCGAAAAGCAACGCACCACGUUUUCCUUUGCCGAAAAGAAUUUCGAAGUCAACUACCAGGAACUGAAGGAGGAGUACUCCUGCCUUUUUGAAGCGAAGACGCGACUGGAGGAGAGGACACUGAAGGAAGCGCUUGAGUUGCGGGCCAAAAUCGCUGACCUGGAAGGCGAAAAUGUCAAAAGGUGCGCCGAGGCUGUGGAAAAAGACUCCGCCAAACUCGCGGAGAGGCUGAACGUUACAAUGAGCGAGAAGGAAAGCCUUGCGGUGAGGCUUUCCCAAGUGACGGAGCAACUAGUGGUCGCGGAGAAUCAAAUUGACCAAUUGCAAGAAAAGCUGGACGAGGUGAACACAACAAGAGGAGAGGACCAGCACGCACACAUUUGCUCCCUACGAGGAGAGGUUGAAGCUCUCCAGUCGCGCCUGAAGGCGGCAGAAGCUGAGCGAGACGGCAUCCGGCGGACUUCGGAGCUCCGCGGGUUCUCCCGACCCUCUCCCUCCCACGUCCAGCCCCCGAAGGAACGACCCGUCGAAGGACGAGCCUCGCCGCAGAAGCCCGCCACCGGCGCCUCGGGCUCCAACCGGCGUAAGAGGCGUCAGAGGUUGAAGCAGGAGCGCAGAGUGAGCAGCGGCGGCUCCUCAGAGGCAGCCAGGCAAAGGGAGGAGGAGGAGGUGGUGGAAGAGGAGGAGGAGGAGGAGGAGGAAGAAGAAAGCAGAGCUACAAGUGCUGCAGAACGAGCGAUGCAGACGGAGAGCCACGUUCGCGUCGAUGUGGCUGACGGCUGCCAGGGAGAUGGCACCAGCAAACAGGUCAGCACAUCCGACAUCGGACCUGCCGAAGCAGCGGCACAUACAUCUAAACAUGGCGAGUGCACUCUGCAGUUGGAGGCGAAGCGCAUCAGUUUGACUCACAUCCACACUGCUCAGCUGGAGCUGGUGCAGGAGGAGGCGGACAACCAGAAGGAUGCCGGUGACCAAGAUUCGGAGGAGGUUCAAAGAGUGAAGACGGAGGCGGCGGAGCAACAUCGCCACCUAGAGGAGAAACACCGGCAGGAGGUGGAGCGCCUCCAAGCUCAAUACCAGAAGAGCCUCGCGGAGACAGAGGAGCGCUGCGGCGCCGAGGUUGCCAUGCUCCGCCGCCAACUGCAGGAGCUCUCGGGCUUGCAAGCCCAGGACAGUGACCCGCACUCCAGCGAGGGGCAUGGCGAGGAAUACCCACAGGAGCUGAAGGACCUCAGCGAGGAGCAGCUGUCCCAGUGGGCGUCGGGCUCCCGCUCGGGCUUGAGCGCCAAGCUGCAGGCGCUGAGGAAGGCGCUGUACAACGAGUACGUCCAAGAAGUGGCCGCGCUCAAGGAGCAGCACGAGGCUGAGCUGACUCGGCUGCGGCAACAACUGGAGAGCGAGGGCGAGCGACGGGAUCUCAACGCCGUCGACGGAGGAGCAACGAGCUCCUCGGAGAACGUGGGUGUUGCUGGGCAGGGCGAGCUGCAAGGGCAGCUGAGUGUGGAGGUGGAAGUUGCUAAGGCCAUUGUCCAGAUGUCAGUGGAGUAUGCGCAGCAGACGGAGCUGGCCCGGAUCAAUAAACUCUCCUGCCAGGCCAGCACCGGCAUGCAGACCCAGUCGUAUGGCGAGGAGGCCGCGGAGGAGGAUGCGGCCGUCUCUGUGGGCGCGUGGCUGAAGGAGGGGCGGGAGCGCCUGGAGAAGGAGCUGCGGGACAGGGACACUGAGAUCCGGAAGCUUCGGGAGAAGCUGCGGCGAGCUGAAUUGAGAACAGGGGAGAAGCCGCUACAGAUGAAAGAGGAUGGUCAAGAAAAAGUUGAGGAUGAGGAGGAUGAUGUUGAGUCGACAGACAAGGACAACGAAAGAAUUGUCCUGCGCAGGACCAACGAGAGGCUCAGCCGCGUGUUGGCCGACGUCCUGAAGACCACGGCGGCGGCAGAAGAAACGAUGGGGCUCCACAUGCAAAGUCUGCAGGUGGAUGCGUCUUCCAGCGGUGGGCUGCAGGCUGCCCCGUCAUCCACGCCGCACGUCACAGGUCAGCCCGCCAAGUGUUCGUCUGGCGACAGCCCACUCCUGGCGGAGGAUGAGGUGAAUCUGAUGGGCAUCAGCGGUCGCCUGCAGACGGCCUUGGAGAAGAUGCUGAUGGUUAUCACGGACACCACCAACCAGGUCGAACAUGCCCGCAUCACCCAGACGGAGCUCAUGCGCGAGUCCUUCCGCCACAACCAGGAGAUCAGCGAGCUCCUGCAGAAGCAAGAAGAGCUGCAGGAACGUCUCGCCGAGGAGGCUCGGGCACGCGAGCGGCUCGCUCUCGAGCUCCACCGUGCCGAAGGUUUGAUUGAUGGCUACACAGGGGAACGGGCUGCCCUGGAGGAGCAGUUACGUCAGAAGCAGGAGCUCCAGCUGAACCUGGAGCAGGAACUGCAGGUUACUGGGAGUCGACUGCAGGAGCUGGAGCAGGAGAGGCUUCAAAUGCAGGAGGAGCGCGAGCUGGUUUCCCGGCAACAAGACGCCAUGCGAGAAACCGCCGGUACCCGUGAGCUCUGCCUAGUUGAAGCUGCAAUGGUUGCAGCACCUGAAGCAGAUUUCCUGGAAGAGACGGAGAAGCUGAUGAAGGAGAAGGUGGAGGUGCAACGCCAGGCGGAGAAGGAGAGCGCCGACCUGCUGAAGCAGAUGAAGACCCUGGAGGCCGAGCUGGAGGAGCAGGUCAACCGGGUGAUGGAGCUCGAGCAUGCCCGCAAGACCGAGACCGGGGACCUCCAGCAGCAGAUCCAGGCACUGGAAAAGCAGCUGGACAAGAACCGGCGCUUCCUUGACGAGCAAGCCGUGGACCGGGAACACGAGCGCGACGUCUUCCAACACGAGAUCCAGCAACUGGAGCAGCAGCUGAAGAACCAGCAGAAGUUUCCCGGCGGCUCAGAGCAAAGGAGCCAACAGGUGGAGCAGCUGAACGCCGUCGUCGACAAACUCCAGCAGGAGCUGCUCCACAUGGAGCGCAAGGAGGAUGUCGAAUCCCGCGCCAGGAACGAGUACGACUACGAUGAAAUGAAACAGAAGAUGGACCUGGUCUCCGGAGAGUUCCACUCCCUCAAAGCGGAGCACGGCGAGCUUCUGGAGACGCACCGCCGCUUGAAGACGAGCACUGAGAACUCGGAGGACUUUACGGAGACCCCGAGGCAGAGAACCGCCCACCUCGCGGUGGCGCAGGCCCAAGCGCAAGCUCUGGAGAAGAACGGCGCGUCCGGCGUAGACGAACUCCGUCUCCGCGUCCGGGAGCUGGAGGACUUGGCGGGCGAGAAAGACGCCGAGCUGUGCAGCUCUCGAAAGUACGCAGAAGAGCUGCAGUGGAAAGUUUGCACCCUGGAAGAGCAUUUAAGGGAGAAGGUGGCCGCGGCGUUGGUCAGCCAAGCCACACUUGACGCUCUUCAGCAGCAGGCAUCCAAAGACCGUUCGGGUGACCUGCUAGGUCACCUGAACCAGAAGCUUGCUGAGCUUGAGGCUAGUUUAAGUGACAUCGAGAAGAACCACAAGCUCCGAAAGCAGCUGCUCUCCAGCUCGAAGGAGGCGCAGUACGAGAGGAGGCUGGCGGCACUGCUGGAUCUGACGAGACAGAUGAUGGGCGAGAAGCGACACAGAACGUCGGCAGGUCUGGAGGCCUCGGCUGGUGACCAAGCGCUCACGUCGGAGCUUCAAGAGGCCCGAAAUGAAGCCCUGGCUGCCAAAAAACAGCUGGACCACCACAUGGAGCAAUGCCACCAUCUCCAGGCGGAACUUCAAGACAAAACUGAAAUAAUCAAAAGACUUAAGGAGCAGCUUGAGGAGUCAUCUUCUGGGGGAGACGAGGAGAUGCUAGUGCUCCGAAGAGAGCUUACCAAGACCCAGGAGGAGGCUGCGCUUGCCAAGGAGGAGCUGAACAGCUGCAAGGAGAAGCUGGAGAAGCUGCAGGAGCUUCUGCAGGAGCGGGAACUGACCAUUGCUCAACUAAAAGAAGAUCUUUUACAAGUGAAAGCCGAAGAGGACAAAGCAGACAGGAUGAACCUUCUCACGGAGCUCCAAGACAUCCGAAGACAUGCGGACUCCACCAAAGACGAACUGGAUAGCUCCAGAUCUCACAAUCAGAAGCUCCAGGAGGACAUCCAUGUGCGUGAGCUCUCUAUUUCGAAACUGACAGAGGAGCUUCAGGAGGUCCAAAAGAACCUGGACGCCACCAUUGAGGAAGUAAAAAGCUACAAAUCCAACAAUGAGAAGCUCCAAGAAGACAUUCAGCUGCGCGAGGGCUCCAUUUUGAAACUGAAAGAGGAGCUGCAGGAGGUUCUGAAGAACAGGAACGAUACCAAAGAAAUAGAUAGUUACAAAUCCCUCAAUGAGAAGCUUCAGGAGGACGCUCAAGUGCAUAAAACGUCUAUUAGUCGACUAGAAGAAAAGCUACAAGAGGUCCAAAAGAACAUGAACACCACCAAAGAAGAACUCAACAAUUGCAAAUCCGACAACGAGAGGCUCCAGGAGGAGAUCCAGGGCCGCGAGGUCACCAUUUCAGAGCUCAAAGAGAUGCUCCAGGAGGUCCACAGGAAUGUGGACUCCGCCAACGAAGAAGCUAGCAGCUACAAAUCCAACAAUGAGAAGCUCCAGGAGGACAUUAAAGCGUGUGAGGUUUCAGUUUUGAAUCUCAAACAAGAACUGCAGGAGGUUCAAAAGAAUUUGGACUCCACCAAAGAAGAACUCAACAGUUACAAAUCCCACAAUGAGAAGCUCAAGGAGGAUGUUCAAGUGCGUGAGGUCUCUAUUUCUAAACUUGAAGUGGAGCUCCAGGAGGUCCAAAAAAACACGGACUUCAACCAAGAGCUGACAAGUUACAAAUCCCGCAAUGAGAAGCUUCAGGAGGACAUUCAAGUCCGCGAGGUCUCAAUUUCUAAACUCGCCAAGGAGCUUCAGGAGCUCCAAAAGAACCUGCACUCAACCAAAGAGGAACUCAACUGUUACAAAUCCCACAAUGAGAAACUCCAGGAGAAGAUCCAGUUACGUGAGGGUAACAUUUUAAAGCUCAAAGAGGAACUCCCAGAAGUCCAGCAGAACAUGGACUCCACCCAAGAUCUGAGAAGCUCCAAAUCCCACCAUGAAGAGAUCCAGCUUCGUGAGGUCUCCAUUUUGAAGCUGAAAGAGGAGCUCCAGGAGGUGAAGAAGAUUGCCGAGACCACCAAAGAAGAACUGAGAAGUUCCAAAUCCCACAAUUCCAAGCUGCAGGAUGACAUCCAGCUCCACGAGGUCUCCAUUUCAAAGUUGAAAAACGAGCUCCGGGAGGCUCGAGCGGCCCUGACGAAAGCAGGCGACUCGGUCUCGACGUCUCCUUCUCCCGCUGCGUCCCCUCAGCCUUUCUUCUCCACUUCCUCGUCCACCUCCCAGCCCAAGAGGAAAGCGAGCGGCAAGCAGCCCCUGGCCAAGGGGACCAAAGACAAGAUGUCCCUUUCCAGGAAGGGCGCCGCACCCUCCCGAAGUCCCGAGCUGGCCCAGGCUGAUGCUUCCACGCAGACGGCCGCCAACGAGGAGCUGGAUGAAGUCAUGGGAGAGUUCCGAGAGAAGGUGGUCCAGAUGCAGGAGUUGCACGCGGCCGAAAUCCUGGACAUGGAAGCGCGGCACAUCUCUGAGAGCGACGCGCUGCGCCGCGACGCUCACGACCUGGAGGACGAGUGCAAGGCGCUCAAGGCCAUCGUUGACAAGCUGCGUGCCACUGAGGUCACCGCGUUGAGACAAGAUCGGCCACUGUCACAGUUCAAAGAUGGCUACACGAGUGACAGCAGCUCUGACUACAGCCAGAGGACCGGGUAUGACCUCCCUGUUGGACUCCAGCAGGAGUUUCGGGUGACACCCGAAGGUGCCAGAAGAGAGGCGGACGAUCCAGUAUUACCUGACAGGAUCAAGUCGUUGCUGCGUGAGGUGCACCAGGAGGGCAUGCAGGUUCUCUCGCUGUCAGAACUUCCUGUUUCUGAAAAUGAGCCUGGCGGCCAUUUGAACCUGCAGGCGUGGCUUAAGGAGAGAGAUGCCCUGCUGGCUACUGUGGAGUCCCUCAAAGGCCUCAUUGCUCACAUGCAGACCACGCAGGUGUCGGGCGAUUCUGUGGAUUGGCGUGCGGAGCUCUUGGAAGCGGUGCACCGGGUGUUCACGACGGAGCGUAGCGUGUUCAAGAGUGCCCUCUACACCUACUUAGACCUGACGGACACCAGCGACGCCAUCAUCCACAUCAACCAGCUGGAGCGCAGGAUGGCCGAGCAGGAUGCACAUCACAGAGAAGCGCUGGGUUCCCUCCAUGCCGCAGACCGGUCCAGUCUUAUCGCUGAGAUCCAUCAUCUCCGAGGAGAGAUGGAGCGCCUUUAUCAAGGUGCGCGACCUGCAACCUUAUUGGGCGCGACGGAGCAUCGGGGGGGAGGCGAUGCCGACGGGGCACCGCGGGCCGACAGGCUGCUGCUGGAGGAGCUGAAGGGGGAAUUAUCGCAGACCAAACUGGAGCUGGAGACCACGCUUAUAUCGCAGCACAAGCAUCUCAAAGAACUGGAGGCCCUUAGGGCCGAGGUAUCGCAGAAGGCCUCGGAGGUGGAUGCGCUGAAUGAGCAACUCUUGGAGGAGAGCCGGAAAGGCCGCGAACUUCAGUGGGGCAUGGAGAAGGAGCGUUGUCGCGCCGGGAGGAACGAAGAGAACGCUCGAGAACAACUGGAGGACUUGAAUCUGGCUUUGGAGGAGCAAAAGAGCCAAGCGGAGCGGCUGACGUCCACCUUAGAGCAGGAGCGCCAGGUCUCCUCCCGCCUCUGCCAGCAGGUCGAGAGGGAGAAGCUGAGCCUCCACAGUCGCCUCCAGGAGCUUCAGGUCCAGCUGGAGACGGAGCGAGCCAAGGCCCGCGAGAUGAGCUCCGCUCUGGGCACGGAGAGGGAGCUGCGGGUAGGCGGAGGCCCAGCCAGCCAGGAGGAGAACCUUCUGGAAGGUCUGCAAAAAGAGCUGGAUGACAAGCAGGCACAGGUGGUGGAUCUCCUCAGCCAAAUGGAGGCUGAGAAGCUUGAAGUGCUGAGAAAGGACGAGGAGCUGAGCCUGGCGGGCCUCAAGACCAGGCAGAACGACGAGGCUCUGCUGGAGGCCCGGGCCCAGCUGGAGAGACUGGAAGUGCGCUUGUCGGAGACGCAAGACCUGCUGGCGAGCGAAGAGGCGAGGCGGAGGAGCCUGGAAGAGGACAAGGAGCGACUGGAGGAGAGGUUGGCUCGGGAGGGCGGCGCUGGGCGGGGGACAGCGCCCAUGCCGCACCACCAACACCACCCAGGCCCUUGGCGCACGGCGGACGCCGUCUUGGGGAAACUGCACCUUGUCGCUUCCAAGAUCCGUGGCAUGGCAAGCAAGGCCGCUGCUGAGAUCACCAGUGAAGAGCUGUCACUGAUCCAGUCCAGUGUUGAUGAUCUCAUCAGCAUGCUGCAGCAAACUCCGGCUCUCCCAUCUAUCCCUGAGCGCUCUGCCCUGUCGGCGGGAAGCUCCUCAUCAGGCUCCUCCUUGACCGAGCGUCUGCUCCGGCAGAACGCCGAGCUGACGGGUUUCGUGGGCCGCCUGACGGAGGAGAAGAAUGACCUGAGGAACCACUCGCUGCGCUUGGAAGAGGAACUCCGCUAUUACCGGCAUGCAGGCGAUGCUGCCAGCGGGAGGCGAGGGGCAUCCAGGCCGGACUCUGCCGACGCGCUGUUGCUCUCUCAGCAGAAGGAGACCUGGAGCCGAGAGAAGGUUCGCUUGGAGAAAGCCUUACACCAGGCCCUCGCUCAGGUGGCCCGGCUGCGAGGGGAGAUCAGGACAGACACGCUGAGAGAGCUAACCGGGCCUGAGGCAGACAACGCCGCCCUCAAGAGGAUGUACGGCAGGUACCUGCGCUCGGAGAGCUUCCGGAAGUCUCUGAUCUACCAGAAGAAGUACCUGCUGCUGCUGCUGGGCAGCUUCCAGGAGUGCGAGGAGGCCACGCUGGCCAUGCUCUAUAGGAUGGGCGGCCGGCCCUCGGAGGGACUUGGCAGUGGCCAGCGGGGACUGCGCCUGCGCGGGCUCAUGCGCUUCCGCUCGGCCGUGCGCGUCUCCAUCGCCCUCUCCAGAAUGCGUUUCCUGGUCAAGCGCUGGCACAAAACAACGGGCAUGAGCAACACAACCCAGAAAAGUGAAACCACGCAGAUGAUCACCAGCGAUGAUAGAGAUUACCUCCACCCAGGCUUGGACGUGUACCGAGGAGGGAGCUCAAGCAGGGGACGCAGCGGACGGGAAUCCCCCAGGUCGCCCAUCUCCCCUGCACAGCACAGGUUUCUUGCGGCAGGAGACCCCGGGGCGCUCACGUGCUCCCACCUGCAGAACUACGACCCCGACCGAGCCCUCACCGAUUACAUCUCCCGGCUGGAGGCCCUGCAGAGGAGGCUGGGGAGCGUCACGUCAGGUGCUUCGUCUUCGCUCGCUCCGCUACAUUUCGGUUUAAGAAGAUGAAGACACCGAUCAAAAUAAGUUGCCUUUUUUGACGCGAACUGUUCUUUCCACAUGGACCAAAAAAAAAUAUGGCGUGCGACAGACAGGUUUGCGUCUCGUGUCGCCACCACUUGAAUGAAUGACAUGUAAUUUAAUUCGACAAAUGGUGUACAUUUUGUUUGUGGAUAAUUUAAAAAAAA